AUGUCCAACCUUCCUCCCCAUCCCAGCGUCAGCUUCUGGCAAGCCAAUCCUCACGAUCUCCACAACCACCGCUCCACCGAGCACCUCCCCACACACAGCGACAUCGUGAUCAUCGGCGCAGGCUACGCAGGCGUAAGCACUGCCUACCAUCUCCUCACCGACUUUACCGAGCGCGUUGGCUCGAUUACGAUUCUUGAAGCGAGGGGAGCUUGCUCAGGCGCUACGGGGCGCAAUGGAGGCCAUCUGCGCCCGGAUCUCUACGGGCAUAUCCCCACGUAUAUCGAGCGCGCUGGCGCCGAGGCUGGGGCGGAGAUCGCCGAGUUCGAGAUCGCGCAUGUCCACGCCAUCAAGCAGUUGAUUGAGCGGGAGCAGAUUGACUGCGAUUUCAUGCUGACGAGGACGAUGGAUGUGUGGUGUAACGCGGAGGCAGCGGAGAAGGCGAGGAGGGUCUAUGAGCGGAUGAAGGAGCAUGGGUUUGGGUAUAUGGAUGAUGUGAUUUUCUAUUCAGAGAAUGCCGAAAGGAUUUGCGGCGUCAAAGGCGCUGUUGCCUGCGCGUCCUACACGGCAGCUACGAUGUGGCCCUACAAGUUCGUCAUGCAGCUUCUCGCAAAGAUCGUAGCGGCAGGCAAGGUGAAUCUGCAGACGUACACGCCUGCGCUUUCGGUGACUGCCGCGCCAGAGGGUGGGUGGAAUGUCACCACGCCGCGCGGGACCAUCCACGCCGACAAAGUCAUCCACGCAUCCAACGCCUACGUAGCGACCUUGCUACCGGAGUAUAAACGCAACAUCAUCCCAUGCAAGGGCUUAUGCUGUCGCAUUGCCGUACCCGAGGGGAGCGACGCGCCGCUGCUCACAAACUCAUACAUUAACCGCACGGAGGACAAUGUGCUCUCAUAUCUCAUCCCCCGCGCAGACGGGGGUAUCAUUGUCGGAGGCGCUUCGGCGGUGUUCAAGCCAUUCCGUGAACAAUGGUACAAUAAUGUCGAUGAUAGCGUGCUUGUUGAGGAGGUGAAGGAUUACUAUGAUGGGUACAUGCAGCGGACGUAUCGUGGGUGGGAGCACACGGACGCCAAGGUCGAUAAGGUCUGGACGGGUGUGAUGGGGUAUUCGUAUGAUUCGAAUCCGCAUGUUGGUGCUGUUCCGGGGAAACAGGGUCAUUUCAUUCUCGCUGGUCUGAAUGGGCAUGGCAUGCCGGUUAUCUGGUUGGCUGCGAAAGGACUGGCGAAGAUGGUGGUCGAGGGGGCAGAAUUCGAGCAAACGGGAAUGCCGCGGUUGUUCAAGACGACGAGGGAGAGGAUAGAGAGAGCUCAGGCGGGAAGUGAAGAGGGUGGAGAUAUUCUGGGGACAGGAUCAUUCUUUGCAACGAAACAAUGA